UAUUCGACUUUUUUUAUUCGAUUUUUGAGCGAUAGCCAUUAUGCUCUUCUUUUUAUGACUGGGUCUCAUAAUUCAAUUAGAAGAACAGUCAGAAUUAAAUCUGAUACAUUUUGAUUCGUCAAGAACUACUUGCUCUUCUUCAGGGAAUAAAAGUGGAGUGUCAGUGUCGACAGAGCCGAUAGUGUAAUAAAUAUUUGCAUCCACUAACCUCAAAAUAUCUGGAAAUCCACAGGUCCUUUCAGGAUGCUGAACUCGUCAGAUCCUCGUCGUCCUGAUAAGGAAAUCAGGUACAAGCCGUCAGUGGCGAGUGGUCAGGCCCAGCCAGGUGAUGAUUUAACUCCUGACUACAUGAACAUCCUGGGGAUGAUCUUCAGCAUGUGUGGACUGAUGAUGAGACUGAAGUGGUGUGCAUGGGUAGCUCUUUACUGCUCGUGCAUUAGUUUUGCCAAUUCGCGAGUGACAGACGACACUAAACAAAUACUCAGCAGCUUCAUGCUGUCGAUAUCAGCUGUUGUUAUGUCCUAUCUUCAGAAUCCUCAACCGAUGACUCCCCCGUGGGCAUCGGCUCUCCAAUAAUAUUGCAAUUAUUCUCAUCUCAUUGAAAUUUCAAGACCCUCAUUAAUUAUUAUGUAUGAAAGACAAAUGAAAAAUUCUUUCUAAAAUUCAUUAAUGAAUGAAUAAUAAAUAGAUAAAUGGCCAUCAAAAGUGAGAAGUGAUUAAUAUUAAUAAAUAAAGAAAUUAUAGUAAAUUGA